UGUGCAGGCGCCGCAGGAACGGGCUACGCGGACGACGCGCUCCGGGGACGCGCAGGCAGCGGGCCUCUCACCGCGGGUGCCGGGGCUGCCCCCAUGCGGAGCCCUUCUUGGUCGCGGCCUCGGCCGCUGCUGCUGCUGCUGCUGUCGCCUUGGCCUGUCUGGGCCCAGGUGUCGGCCACAGCCUCGCCCUCGGGGUCCCCGGGCGCCCCGGACUGCCCCGAGGUGUGCACGUGCGUGCUGGGCGGCCUGGCCAGCUGCUCUGCACUCUCGCUGCCCGCCGUGCCCGCAGGCCUGAGCCUGCGCCUGCGCGCGCUGCUGCUGGACCACAACCGCGUCCGCGCGCUGCCGCCCGGUGCCUUCGCGGGAGCGGGCGGGCUACAGCGCCUGGACCUGCGCGAGAAUGGGCUACACUCGGUGCACGUGCGAGCCUUCUGGGGCCUGGGCGCGCUGCAGCUGCUGGAUCUAAGCGCCAACCAGCUGGAAGCGCUGGCACCAGGGACCUUCGCGCCGCUGCGCGCGCUGCGCAACCUCUCACUGGCCGGCAACCGACUGGCGAGCCUGGAGCCCGCGGCGCUAGGCGCGCUCCCGCUGCUGCGCUCACUCAGCCUGCAGGACAACGAGCUGGCGGCACUCGCGCCGGGGCUGCUGGGCCGCCUGCCCGCCCUAGAUGCCCUGCACCUGCGCGGCAAUCCCUGGGGCUGCGGGUGCGCACUGCGCCCGCUCUGCGCCUGGCUGCGCAGGCACCCGCUGCCCGCGUCAGAGGCCGAGACGCUGCUCUGCGUGUGGCCGGGACGCCUGACGCUCAGCCCCCUGACUGCCUUUUCCGACGCCGCGUUUAGCCAUUGCGCGCAGCCGCUCGCCCUGCGGGACCUGGCCGUGGUCUACGCGCUCGGGCCGGCCUCCUUCCUCGUCAGCCUGGCCGCCUGCCUGGUGCUAGGCUCCGGGCUCACCGCCUGCCGUGCGCGCCGCCGCCGCCGCUGCCGCACCGCCGCCCUCCGCCCGCCGAGACCGCCGGACCCGAACCCUUAUCCCGACCCCCACGGCUCUGCCUCGCCUGCGGACCCGGGGAGCCCCGCCGCCGUCGCCCAAGCCUGAGCGACCGCGGCAGCCUGGAGCGCUCGAAGCUUCCCCCAUGCCUUUGCCCUCCCUUUACACUCUCUGCCGGGGUCAACAAGCGACACAGACCGAAAA